AUUGGCUAUAAAAGGACCAGCGAAGUUCAUGUAACUGAGUGACAUUCUUUUAAAAAAUAUUGCUGCUGUUAGGGAGAGGGUGAAAUUAAUGAGCAUUAUAAUGAGAAAUUUGUUGAUUAUCAUACUAAUCUUUUGUGUAAAUCUCAAUUGGGUUUGUACUGAGGGAGCUCAAGAAAGAGAGAGUGGAAAAGUGGAUUAUCACACAGUUCAACUCAGCUCAUCAACAGUUUGUUGCUCAGGAUCUAAUACCAAGGGGUCGCUGCACGUAGUGGACAAGCAUGUCGUGCGCUCGCCUCUUAGGAGAAGCAAAGUUACGAGACUCGACCUUGACAACAUCGUCAGGCACGAUCGAGCACGCUUAGACUAUAUCCACUCUAGACUGUCAAAUAAUUUCGCUGAUCGACCUAGGCAAACCGAAUCUAAAGAUAUACCGGUCAAGGACGUGAGUAAGAGCAAGAGCAAGCUCGGUUGUGGGAGCUACAUCGAGACUAUCGGAAAUGGAAACACCUAAACACGAUCAUGUAGCUACUUUCAUGACGGGGAAGCUUCACGUACGUGAUAUGUUUAAGAAUCCCAAUUAUAGUGAAUUGCAUUUGUUAUAAUAUACGCAUAUCCUAGUCUGUUUGAUUACUAUACUCGAAUUGCAUGCAGUUGUUAUUUGAACAUUGUUUGUUUUUUUCUUUAAUUGGAAACA